UGUCCAUGUAAGAAAUAGAGGGCCCUGUGAGCUGUGAGGAUGCAUUCCCAAGUCGCAUCCCCGCAGAGCAUUGCCUCCCGGAUAAAGAGCGUGCAUGCCAAACUGCGGCAAGAUUGUCACGGUUCGAAUCAGGAGCAAGCCCGAGAAAUCUGGGCGUGCCAUACGCGUGACCAGUCACUCCUAUCCCAUUACGCCUCCGAUAUGUACACAUUAGCCACUGAGUACUGGCCCCAAGAGGACGCCCAAGUCUCACGCAACACCUGGAUUCAUGCCCAAGUUCAGCAAUAUUUUCAAGGCGGUCUGGAACAAAAAGUCUGGCAAAGAAUCCGGAAAAAAGUCCCUUCGACCGCUUCUGAUCCCCCCGAUCCGGUGCUAGGCCCCUUGAAAGGGCCCCAGGUGCUGGAUGUGGGUUCAUGUUACAACCCAUUAUCGCUGUUAGCCCCGGAUUGGUCCAUUUGCGCCAUUGACUUGGCUCCCACCCCUCAAACGGGUGUAUACACUUGUGAUUUCCUGGCGGUUGACUUGGUCCCGUCCCUUAAAGGGGAAGGUCUUCAGUUAGAUAAGGCCCAAGUGACGGCCUUACCUUUGGACUACUUUGAGGUGGUGGUUUUUAGUUUACUCCUCGAAUACCUACCCACGCCUCUGCUUCGUUACGAGGCGUGUCAAAGGGCUUACGAUGUGUUACGGCCGGGGGGAAUCUUGGUCAUUGUGACCCCGGAUUCGUCCCAUCAAGCCAAGAAUUUUUCGCUCAUCCGAUCUUGGCGGAUCGCUUUGUGCGGUCUCGGAUUCACACGAGUGACUUAUGAAAAACUCCCGCAUUUAACGGGAUUAACCUUCCUCAAGUUGGGAUCGCCCGACUUUCAAUCCCUCUGCCAAGAUGAGGCCCGAAGAGAAGCCCAAAAGCUGGCUCUGGACUUGGAGGCGAUCCAUCCCAAGUUGGAUCUUAUGGUUAUUCCUCAAGAUCGAACGAUAUUGUCCAUGCAAAAUGAAGACAAUGAAGUUCAGGUUGAAACUCGGAACGAAGACGAAUUGGCCGCGUUGUUCAGCCAUUUGCCGGAUGACGUGUGAUUUUAAAUACACUCCCAAUACGAAAAAGCUAGUACGAAUACUAUUGAGAAUUCAUUGACUCAUUCCUACUGAUUUUCAG